AUGAACGCGAAGUUGCUGAUCGCAUUAACGUUGAACCUGCUGGCGUUCGUCGUCGCAGAGGACGCCACAGCCCUGGAACAAAUGGAGAACAAACUGUCGAGAGCGAUGGAUAAUCUGAAUCGAAUGGACACCAUUAAGAUCUAUGGGGACAUGAUUACCCUGGAGAAGAUGCACGUCGAUGAGGAAGUUGAAACUGCCAGAUCCAGCCAAGAUCCUCUAGUGAGCAGAAUCGAACAGUUUUUCAGGAGCAGAAGAAUUCAGCUGCAUUUACCUAACGAUGGCACUUCGGCUGACAUGUUUGGCCGUGCCCUGGGACAAAAAGACAUGGGGGUUGAACUCAAGGGACUGACCAAGGGAGCUUCCGAAGCGCGAACUAAAUUGAAGAAAAUCAUGCUGCCGCUCCUGUUGGCCCUGAAACUGAAAGCCAUGAUCGUCCUGCCUAUUGUCAUCACUCUGAUCGGUUUAAUAGGAAUCAAGGGUCUCGGCGCAGGGCUCCUGUCCCUUCUUCUCUCUGGAGCGGUGGCUUUGAAAGCUCUGUUGACACCACCGCCCCCGUAUCCAGCCAGAGUCACUUACGGGGUUGCCAAGCCCGACAUUCAUCACGAACACUGGCACAGAUCGCAGGAGGAAGUGAAUCAACCCUACAGGGGUUGGGCACCGGAAUUCGCUCCCGAACAAUAUCCCUUCCAAGAUAUCCCUUAA